AUGCCGGUGCCAGUCGGUACUUUGGGAAAAUUCCCGAGGCUAGGAUUCCUCGAGAACAUGGAGAUGGUCCGAUUGGCGAGCAAUGGCGAUUCCGAUGAUACUCACCAGUUCAUGAGCCGCCAACCAGCUUGGCAACCAGGAGCACAGCUACCUUGGGCGGAAACCGAUAAUAUUGCGAAACACAAGACUGCGGUUUACUUUACGACGAGAGCAUAUGGAGGACAUGUCUACAUUCAGGCGCCACUCGCCGCCACUAAAGUUGUAGAGAGCGAAGACGAAAUUGCCAAAGAGGAACGAAAUAAGGGCAAAUUCGGUAUCCACACAAUACAAGGCGUGUUUACGAAUGUGGGACAUGUAGACCGGCCUUUCAUCUACCAGGUUUCGAAACUUGCCGCUGGCCGUAGCUUUCAAACCCAUCUCAUCAUUGCUCGCCAGCCAAAACAGCCUUCUUCCAAUCCCUUGGGUCCUUUCCCAGAGUCAGACUCGGAAUUGCCCCUGGGCCCUAUAUGCUUCAGCUGCCAUGUCACAUUCAAGCGGCCUGUGCCGAGCUUUGCCGACUUGCAAUUGUCAUCGGCACAAGAACGCUUCGCCAGCAUCCUCGCCCAGAGAAAACCCGACGAAUGGCCAACAAGCCCGCAGCUUGACAUUGAUAUACUCAACGACGCAUUUCCAAAUGCCGGCCAUGGCGGGUUUCCCAUCGUCGACAUGUACAAAGUUGACAUGAAAGCGUACAACGCCGACAAACCAAUCCCCGAACGUCGUGAACUACUAUUAUACAAACUCCACAACCCGAUUCCCGCAGAAGACACCAACUCCCACAUCCUCGUUCACGCAUUCGAAGCAGACAGAAACGGACUCCUGACGAUAAGCAACCACUUGGGAUGGGGCUACAAUCUGGGCGUCGCCGCGAGUCUAACCUACACAUUCACCGUGCACGUCAACUCCGAGGAGGCCGUAAUAAGAGACGGGUGGUGGAUCCAAGAAGUAUGCUGGCCGCGAGUCGGCGCCGGGAGAGCAACACUGGAGAGCAGAAUCUGGAGCCCGGAGGGGAAACACGUCGCCAGCGGGUAUCAAGAUGGAAUUGCUGGACCGGAUCAGAAGCGCGGAGCCGAGAAGUUGUAG